UAAUAUAGAUAUUGACCUUACAGAAAUGUUGUAUCCACAGUCAACUUGCAGACAGAGCUGAAGCUCAUGUAUAUAAAUGUAAGGACAAGAAACUCUGAAUAUAAUCCGGCUAGAUUUACUGGAUUAGUCAUGAGAAUACAGAACCCUAGAGCGACCGCAUUAAUCUUCAGAUCUGGCAAAUUAGUGUGCACUGGUGCAAGAAACGAAGAGGAAUCGUUGCUAGCGACAAAAAAGUUUGCUAGAAUAAUUCAGAAGCUUGGCUUUCCUGUGAAGUUUACUUCUUUUACAAUACAGAACAUUGUUGCAACGUGCGACUUGAAGUUUCCUAUUAAAUUGGAAUCUCUAAAUCAAAAACAUGGUCAGUUUUCUAGUUAUGAACCAGAAUUGUAUCCAGGUUUGACAUACAGAAUGUUGAAACCCAGAGUAGUAUUAUUGAUAUUUGUAAACGGCAAAGUUGUGAUAACAGGAGCAAAAAAACGGAAAGACUUACAUGAAGCAUUAUUUUAUAUAUAUCCGAUAUUGAAAAGUUUUAGAAAGCAGUAGUUAUCAUUUACUCACGAACAAAACAUGUUUUAUUAGAAUAAAACAUGAUAUAACGCAAAAAUUACUGAUAAGUAAAAGAGAGAGAGAGAGAACUACAUUUCCAGUUACGUGAUCAUCCUAGAUAUAUAUAUUCGCAUAAAAUGAACCAGGUUAGCGUUUUAUACAUUUAUACAUUUUUUGUAUGAAUAUGACAGGGAAAUAUUAUUAUAUCUUAAUAUCUUAUUUAUUAAGCUUAUAAUUUGUUCCUUACAUAGGUUAAAUAAUGUUAUUUAAUCAGUUAAGAAAUGCUUUUACUAGUAUAUUAGAGCUGUAAAUUGUACAAAACUAUAAUAAAUCUUUACACAUUUCAAAUAAAUAUACGGUUAAAAUGAAA